AUUGGGCCGUCACGCUAUCCAGCAGCCCAAUCCCGUGGGCUUUCAUCUCUAUCUCAGAAGUCACCAGUCAUAAACAUAAAGGAACCCUUCUCUCCCAUUUCCCAAACCCUAGCAGAAACGUUUGAGUCUCGUCUGCCGCGCCGUGCAGUCCUCUCUCGACUCUCGCCAUCUUUCUCUGCUCUCAUCAAUCUAGAAACAAUGUCGUUCGGAGAGGUGGCAUGCAGUUACGCUGUGAUGAUUCUCCACGAUGAUGGCAUCCCCAUCACGGCGGAGAAAAUUAGCACAUUGGUUAAGACAGCGAAUGUGAACGUUGAGUCUUACUGGCCAAGCCUGUUCGCCAAGUUGGCCGAGAAGAGGAACGUUGACGACCUGAUAAUGAACGUUGGAGCUGGUGGCGGCGGUGCUGUUGCCGUUGCUGCUCCUGCUGGUGGAGCUGCUGCACCUGCUGCUGCUGCCCCUGCAGCUGAGGAGAAGAAGGAGGAGGCCAAAGAAGAGAGCGACGACGACAUGGGUUUCUCCCUCUUUGAUUAGUAAGAAGAAAGCGCGAUUAUACAUCUGUUGCCAUGGUUGUGUACUUGUGUUCUGUUAUCUCCCAAGUUUUGAUUUAAUUGUAGUUAUUAAUGUCCUUUUCGGAGGAGGGUUGAGGUAUUGUUCUUGUUGCCACACAAGUUAUAUGUUCUGGAAUUGAGAUCCUUUGGAAAGUUACUUCUGCUUUUGGUGUUUUAGGGAUAAUACGAAAUACUUGAGACUUGUUUCCCAUUUGUGUCCCUUUUAUCAUGUGUAUGAUUUUGGCUUCUGCCCCCAUCGUCUUUGGCUCGCCCAUGAAUGGUUACUGGGCAAGAUUUCUGACCUAAAGGAGAAACACUGUUGGUGUCGAUAAAACAGAAUCGACCAGCCAAUGGUUGUUUCGUGUUAAAUUGUCUCGUCGGAGUUCUUCUGUCGCUAUUAACACUUCUUGAUAACUUGGGAG